AUGCACCUCAUAGACAAAGCAGAAGAGGACAAUCGAACGGUCAUCACAGAAUUCAUCCUCCUGGGAUUCGGGAAUCUCCCUGAACUGCAGAUCCUUCUCUUCCUGGUUUUCCUGGUGAUCUACAUUGUGACCAUAUCUGGGAACAUCCUCAUCAUUGCACUAAUUGUGGCUGAUCAGCACCUUCACACCCCCAUGUACUUUUUCCUGGGAAACUUGUCCUGCCUGGAGACCUGCUAUACCUCCACCAUCCUGCCCAGGUUACUGGCCAGUCUCCUGACUGGAGAUAGAACCAUUUCUGUCAGUGGCUGUUUUGCACAGUUUUAUUGCUUUGUUUCUCUGGCAGCUACAGAAUGCUAUCUCCUAGCAGCAAUGUCUUAUGAUCGGUAUUUAGCGAUAUGUAAACCCCUGCGUUAUGCAGCCCUGAUGAAUGGCAGGUUGUGCCUCCAGCUAGCAGCGGGGUCUUGGAUAAGCGGAUUUCUAACUUGUGUAAUAAUGAUGUGUUUUAUGUCACAAUUAACAUUCUGUGGCUCUAGUGAAAUUGACCAUUUCUUUUGUGAUUUUUCUCCAAUGCUACAGCUCUCCUGCAGUGACACCAGCAUGAUCACACUGGAUACUUGAAAGAAACUGGAACAAAGGCCAGUGACUGCAAGGGGUAUGAGUCAUUGCUGGACUCAGGCUAAAAGGAGAUCAGUCUGUAAAAUGAAGCAUUCUGGAACUGGUGAGUAUCUUAUCUGUAUUCAGUUUGAUUAGACAUAGAUUGGCACAUUUUCUUUUAUUUUGCUUGGUGACUUACUUUGUUCUGUCUGUUACUACU